CUCCUGUUAGGUCAUGGAACCGGGGCAGUUUUCUUAUUAUUUUUGUUUUUGCCCGGUCAGGCUAGCUUCGCACCCCUCAAAUCUUAGUCCUCAGAGAUUGCUUUUAUUUUCUUUAAAAAUGCUCCCCUGUGGCAGAAAAUGGCGUGGAUUUGACUGAAGGGCACGGGGCUGUCCCGAGCGUUUCUCUUUUCAAGGUGCCCUCAUGGGGAUCUCCGGGACAGCAGGGAUGCUUCGCGCCACUGUGGAGGUCGCUCCCACCCCGAGUGGUUCCCUCUUGGCUGAUCCCUGGUGCUUGGGACAGCCCCUCCCAUCCCCCUUGCACCUCUCCUCUCCUACACCUCCUCCUGUGUGCAUUUGGGGUGGAGGCCUGGGAGUGCAGAAACUCAGCUUUUCAGCUCCCUUGAGUUCCAGCAGCCUGGACCACACCCCUGCAGGGCCUGGCCAUUGUACUUGCAGCUUUGCUGUUUGUGAGGCACUUUUAAAAAAUAAAUCCUGCACAAGCUCUGUGGCCCGGGGCGAAGGGGCCUACUUGGUAGUGUGAGAAGCUACCUCCUGGUUGCCUUUGCAGGGAAACUCAGGGAAGGUUGCCGCAGGGGGGUGGGUCUGAAGCUGCCCAUGCCCUUGGGCAUUCUUGCGCUGAAUCUUCUGAAGGCCUCCGUAGCCGCGAAGGAAGGUGGGAGCCGUGAGGUGGGGUCAGCCGGGGGUCUGCAGAGCGCUGAGGUCCCGUCCGCAUCAGCUGAGCUGGCUUCCCGGAAGGUGACUCCCACUGUCAUGUGAUGGUCUUCUGCCCCAGCACCCUUCUGCCGGGAAGCAGAGUGGGGGCCCAUAGCUUCAAAAUACCCAGCUUUUCCUGGUUUUCCGAUGGCCUGAGGGGAUAGGAAACCAACUUGCUGGAAUCCCCCAGCCCUGGAGGUGUGCAAGGUCAAGGUCAAACAGAAUUUGAGUCUUUGGUGCUAGAGCCAGGAAGUGUGCCUGAGAGGUUAACUCAAGGUGUUUACUGUAAGUGGCUGGCAGCCUUCUCUUCCCCUCUUCCAGAUGUUCUUUCUGUGGCAACUCUGCAUUUUCUGGUUGAUUCUGUUGUUUACUGUCUUUCUCCAUGGGACUGUAGACUGCACCUGAGUGCUUUGCUCUGAGUCCCAGCACAGUGCCUGGAGAUUGAACAGUAAAUGUGGCCAGGACAGUGAAUGAAGCCAACCAUGUGUUUCUCCUCCCUGUCUUGGGUCCUGGACUGUCAGGAUUGGAAAGGACAGAGAACACACAAAAGGAAGAAUCAGACUGUCUCUUUCUAGCUGGGCCUUGGUUUCUGCCACCUAACACACACAGGAGCAGUCUGGGUCAGCUGAGAGUUUCAUGGACAGCAGUUACUUGCCUGGGAGCUGGGAUGCUGAUUGCUAUGGGCUGCCAGGAUUGUGGGCUGCUCCUGAGUUCUUCUUGAUCUGGCAUUUUUUUUCUUGCUUCAGCAAGAGGUGGGCAGGUCAGUGGGCUGGGCUGCUGGAGGAAGGGAGGCUGAGCAGGAGGCGGUGUCCCAGGAGCCAUGAGGAAGGGAACUGCUUUUGGGAAAAGCUGGUGCAAAACUGUUUCUGUGGUCUGCUUGGAGAGGGCUUCUCCAAGGGCUUGGCUUUGGUAUCCGAUCUAAAUAAGGCCUGAGAGUCCUAGGCAGGCAGGCAGGCAGGCAGGCAGGCUGGAGGAGGCCUUGUCAACUCCUCUCUGCCAGCUGCAGACACCACCCUUGGUUGCUGAGGAGUGUGGUGUGUGUGUGUGUGUGUGUGUGUGUGUCUGUGUGUGCACGCUCUUGUGUGUGUUCUCCUGUGUGUGCUGGGGCCCAGGUGGAGGGUGGGGCUCGAGCCCCUUUGAUCUGCAGCCUGCUUGGGAGCAGGUAACUCACCUGGCCUCACACAUGCUGGUGCCCUUCCUGCCUCCUGCAGCUGGCGUUGGGGGCGGGGUGGGGAGCAGGCUGUUUGCCUUGGCUCCCAGGGCUGGCUUUGCCCCAGCUGUUUGCUUGCCCUCACCCUGCCAGCAGCCCCAGACCUGAGAUCUAGGGCAGCUUCUUCAGGGUCUUCAGCUCUUAUGUCUGUGGUGCCCACCUGGAGGCCUCCAGAACCUGGAGGUGACCAGGAAAACCAGGCUCAGAGCUGCUCACCCACCUACGCUCAGUGGGGGGUUCUGACACUCAACAGGUGUCCUGCAAGGGUCCCCCAGGGCAUUGCUUCCCAGAGUUGAGCACAGGCUGGCUGUUACCGCCCCCAGUCCUGCCCGGAAGGGACCCUUCAACCCACACAGGGCCAGCUGGUGUCAGUGGGACCAGGGUGCCACUUCCUGUGGCCCGGCACAGGGGAACAGCGCAGUCACGUGCCCUCCCAUAAGCACGGGACUCUUCACCUACCCACUGACCUCCUUAAAAAUGUCUCAGGGCAUCUGUGCCACUUGCUGCUGUCCUCAAAGGUGCCAUGAUGAAAGAAGGAAUCAUGGUGACAAUGAAAUUCUUAAAGCACUUGUCAUUUGGUGGAUUCUCUGCUGCAUGCAAUUGUGCCUUGCAGUGACCUACCUGGUCGAGGUGUUUCUAGCUCAGUUUCUAAGAUGAAGAAGGUGAGAUUUGCGAUGGUUAAAAAGAAAGGAUCUGCCCUGAGGGCCCAGGUUCCCCUGGCAUCCGAAGCCCUUGCCCUCUGACCCCUGUGCUCCUAGUGUUUGGACCAGUGAUGUUUUAUUUUGCAGCAUUGUCCUGGGCCUGCUAGAUGUCAGUAUUCGCCUUAGUUGUGGCCUCUGAAAAUGUCUUCAGACCCUUCCAGGGUCUUACCACUGCGCCUGGGAGUAAAGAGCCUGACAAGGGCCUUAAUGGUGCCAGGGCUACUGGUGUCGGAAUGGAGGAGCAACCCCCCCAUAGGGGGCAGAAAAGUGGGCGGGUUCCGGGGCCUGGGAAGCACCCAGUUGGUCAUCUACACCUGUGGCUGCUUAUUUAAUUUCUCAAAGCCUCAGUUGUCUCAUCUGCAAGAUGGGAAUAAAAAUAAUGCCAGCCAGGCUGGUUGUGGUAGCAUACACCUGUAAUCUCGGGAGGCUGAGACAAGAGGAUCGCUGUGAGUUUGAGGUCAACCUGGGCUACAAAUCGAAUUCAAGGCCAGCCUGGACUGCAUAGUGAGACCCUGUCUCAAAAAGACAAGAAAAAAAAGAUACUGCCAGCCUUUGAAGAUUGGCAGUUUGUCCUGCAUUUUGCUCAGCCAGUGCCUGGCUGUGGUCACCGGUUGGUGAUAUGAGUUGUGGUGGUGUCUGGGGGUUUGGAGUGAAUGUUGGGCAUCUAGUGACCUGGUCACCAGCAGGAGGCAUAGCAAUGGCCUCCCUGCUUGGAGGAGAGGAUUUUCCUGAGGUGAGGGAAGAACUUCCCAGCUGGCCCUCGUGUGUGUGUGUGUGUGUGUGUGUGUGUGUGUGUGUGUGUGUGAGAAGCAUGCGGAGAGGACCAGGGACAAUGCGGUGAUUUUGCCAGCAUCCAUGUGUGCAUCCCCCACCUCUAUGCUCUCUAACCCGGACCUUUCUCCAUUCCGUCUCCUAAGCCCUGAGUGGGUUCCAACAAGUCAGCUCCUCUACAUCAUAGGUCAGGGCCUGGGGCCCCCAGGGGUCCUGUUGGGGGUCUCCUUGUUUUGCCCCAGCUCUCUAGUGGGCAAGCAGAACUUGGCACAAGCUCCAAAUGUCAUCUUGGUGGGGCCUGUUGAAUCAUUACUCCACAAACACUCCUUACCCCCCUUCUGGGGGUGACCCAGGGUGGCCAGCCUGGGCAUCCUCACUUUGUUGUUCCUCUGCUGUUGCUUCCACCCUGAGGCAGUGUUAGAAUCAAAUGAAAUACUUUUCAACCUUCUUGAUCGACUAGUGAGAGUGAGGAUCAGAGAGGGACAGUGACUAACCUGAGGUCACACAGCAGCUGGUAACAGAGCUCUGUGGACUGGCAUUUCUGUGUGUCUGACAAAAGUCGGGGCAGUGGCCUUCUCUGAUCUUCACUGGACACCAGCUGCCAGCCUUCUGUCCCAUGGGUUGGGUGCUUGAUCAACAAUCAGAGGGCACCAAAGACAUGGUCUCUUCCCCUGGAUUAGGGAGCAUGGGUAGGAUGGGAAGGAGGGACCCUGAUCUCAGCCCAGCCCCACCUCUCUUCCCCAGCCUCACAGCAACCUGAGGCACAGAGGGGCUGCCAGCUGCUCGGUGGAGGAGGGGUUUCAGGAAGGAGAUUUCCAAGGGGCCUCGUCCACCCUGGUCCUGGCUCUUACAGCUCCCAGCCCACAGUGUGGGUCAGAGCCACACAGCUGCAUCCUGCGUAGCUUUGGGGGGCUGAGAUGCUCCCUUCGGCCCCAGGCAGUGCGAGAGCCACAGGAGCUCAGUUUCCAGACUGUAGUCCCAGGGGUGCUCAGUGAACAGAGGCGGGCAGGGCUUUCUCUUGGCCUAGGGAAACUGAGGCACAGUGUGGUGUGCCCCAGUGUUAGGCCGCGUGGCCCUGCACACUUUGCCUGAAUGUGUGCGGCUGUGUUGGGGCAGAGCCUCCGGGUGUGUGGCUGUCCACGGUGGCUGCCGAUGGGACUGUGUGUCUUGGUUCUCUGUGCCCUCUUCUUCCUCUUGGGACUGUUGGCCCCAGGCCAUUGGGUCUCCCAGGCUCCCGGGGGAUGCAGCAGCGACCUUCCUAUCAGGCCUGUCUCAUGUUAUUGCAGGACCUGCGGUUUCCCUGGAGGAAGCCUGGCUCCGAGCAAGGCCUGUUAAAGUGCUUAUUAAGUUUCAAGUGUGUUUGGUGACAGGCCAGAGGGGCUCUAAAAAUAGGGGUUGGCCGGGCAUGGGCAUGGGUAAGCUUUCAGGUUUCCCGGCUGGGAAGGAUUCCCUCCUCUCUUUUGGGUGCGAGUCUGAAUAGGCAUGGCUGGAACAUGUGGCCUCCUAAGACCGUAGGACUCUGCGGAAUCGCUCGCACCUCUUAUUCCCCGGAGGCUGGGGUGCAGGCUCUUGUCACAAAGGCUACAGCUCUGGGGGACCCCAUUCCCGAGGAACUCUAUGAGAUGCUGAGUGACCAGUCCAUCCGAUCCUUCGAUGACCUCCAGCGCCUGCUGCACGGAGACUCCGUAGAUGAAGAUGGGGCCGAGCUGGACCUGAAUGUGACCCGGGCCCACUCAGGACGCGAGGCAGGAGGCUCAUCUCGCGGGAGGAGGAGCCUGGGUUCCCUGACGGUGGCCGAGCCAGCCAUGAUCGCCGAGUGCAAGACGCGCACGGAGGUGUUCCAGAUCUCCAGGAACCUCAUCGACCGCACCAACGCCAACUUCCUGGUGUGGCCGCCCUGCGUGGAGGUACAGCGCUGCUCCGGCUGCUGUAACAACCGCAAUGUGCAGUGCCGGCCCACGCAGGUGCAGCUGCGGCCUGUGCAGGUGAGGAAGAUCGAGAUCGUGCGGGGGAAGCCAACCUUUAAGAAGGCCACGGUGACCUUGGAAGACCACCUGGCCUGCAAGUGUGAGACGGUGGUGUCUGCUCGGCCUGUGACCCGAAGCCAGGGGGGUUCCCAGGAGCAGCGAGCAGCCAGGACGCCCCAAAUUCGGACGGCCAUCCGGGUGGUGCGAGUCCGCAGGCCCCCUAAGGGGAAGCACCGCAAGUUCAAGCACACGCAUGACAAGGAGGCCCUGAAAGAGACGCUUGGAGCAUAAGGGCGGCAGGAGGAGAAUGUGGGCAGGGUUAUUUAAUAUGGUAUUCGCUGUAUUGCCCCCAUGGGGUCCUUGGAGUGAUAGUGUCGCCCCCUCGUCCGUCUCGAUGCCUGAUUCGGACGGCCAAUGGUGCUCCCCCCGCCCUCCACGCGUGGGUCCGUCCCCUCCACACGGUCGGUCGUCAGUCCUGCCGGCAGCCCUGCCCUGCGGCUGGAGGAAGAAACAGGACUCCAUCACUCCUGCCUCCCUCAACCCGGGGAGAGCUCGGGGCAAGAGCAGACAGACUGGUGGGGACGGGGCUCCCCGCACAGCUGGCCCCAGGAGCGCUGCACCUCCAGGCAGACUGUCGCCCGUCCUGAGACUGAGACCAUGUGGGGAGCACAGACUGGGGGAGCCCCUCCCGGUGCCCAGAUGGCCGUUGCCCUCCGUCAGCUCUGCCCACUCAGCGGCUUCCUCCAUCUCCUCUGCAUGAGAUCCUCGGAGACCGACUCACCCUGCCGGGGUGGGUGUCCGUGCGCCCCCUCCAGCAGAUGAAGUUUACAGAUGAAGUUUGCUGUUCUGGUGAAAGCUGAUGGCGACCGGGGGACCCCGUGCUAACCCCCCAGUUCAUUUCUUCCUCUGUUUCCUUUCAUUUCUCUACCUCCACCCUGCAGCUUCCACUUCUGGCCCUUCAGUCUGUAUGUUCUACCAAUGGCUCUUGGACCCUGGAUUGAGACCCCAGUCAUUCUUCUGUAGGACAGAAGGCCAGGGGCCAGGGCGGUAGGAGACCUGCCUAUCAUAUUCUAACCUAGCCGAGACUGCCGUGCAAGGUUGUGCAGGGUGUGGACUGCACAAGGGCGCUGCAUGCAGGGAGCUCUCUCAUACCCUACAUCCGACCCGUUUGUCUAUUUAUUCUGACAGUUUCUGGCAGAUGGAGGUCAGGUGUCUGAGGCAAGGGAUCCUCUUCCUAAUUCACACAAAGGCUCCAUGGGCACCGGCUUGUGUCCCUGCCCCAGCCUUCUGCCUGGGGUAGCCGGACAGGAGUGAACCAGUGGUGUGUGGGCCGUCACCUCCAUUCCCCAGGCCUCAGCGCCAGCUGUUUCCUUGUGGGCAGAUGUGAGAAGCCCAGGCCAAGGUCUGGGACAGGGGAGCCCCUCUACCCGCAGCCCCCUCUCCCCACUUUGGGUUCUUGGAGCCCCACCUGGUGGCUCCACCCAGGACCACAGCGGGUAGGUGUGGGGCGGAGAAAAGGGAGAGGAGCCUGGCAGCCCCUCGGUGCGGAUCUGAGCUCACUGUCCCGCUGUGCUUGCCCUCUCCCCACCGAGAUCUGCUUCCUUCAGUUUGUAAAGUUGGUGAUUAUAUUUUUGGGGGCUUUCCUUUUAUUUUUUAAAUGUAAAAUUUAUUUAUAUUCCGUAUUUAAAGUUGUAAAAAAAAAAUAACCACAAAACCAAACCAAA